AUGGAUCAUGUGUUUACACUGCUGGAAGAACAAGCUGAUAAAUUGGAACGAAUAGUGGAAGAGCGAUCGAAAGAGUUACUGGAGGAAAAGAAGCACACCGACAUGUUGCUGGAUCGUCUAUUACCGAAAGAAACUGCUGACAACCUGAAGAAUGAGAAGCCGGUGGAGCCAGAAGCAUUUGACUCUGUCACUAUCUUCUAUUCGGAUGUUGUAUCGUUCACGUCCAUCUGUGCGCAGUGCACACCAUUACAGGUUGUAGAUAUGCUAAACGAUUUGUAUACAACUUUUGACAGCGUUAUCACUGAAUACGACGUUUAUAAGGUUCCCGUUUUACGAAACAAAUUGUGCUCCAAUAUCCUGCUUCAUCUCGUACUGCUGCUGUCGCUUGAAAAGCAAAAGUUCGCACCUUUCACCGGAAUGUUAUAG